AGAGAGAGAGUUAUCAUGGCAAGGGAUGCAGCUUCAAGUUUAAGGCAAUGGUCUCUCAAAGGAGCAACUGCUCUUGUUACUGGUGGAACCAAAAGAAUCGGGCUUGCUGUUGUGGAAGAAUUGGCAGCACUUGUGGCAAUAGUUUAUACAUGUUCGCGCAACGAAGAUCAGCUGAAUGAGUGCUUGAAAGAAUGGAAGAUGAAGGGUUUACAAGUUCUUGGUUCAGUCUGUGAUGUAACCUCUCCAGCUGAAAGACAAAGGCUGAUGAACAAAGUUUCCUCUCUGUUCAGUGGGAAACUUAACAUUCUUAUAAACAAUGUUGGGACAAACGUUUGGAAAGCAACCAUCGAUUUCACAAGUGAAGAACUAUCAAAUCUGUUAAGAACCAAUUUUGAAUCGGCUUUCCACUUCUGCCAACUUGCUUAUCCCCUUCUCAAAGCAUCAGGAGCUGGAAGCAUUGUUUUUGUUUCUUCUGUUGCUGGUGUGCUCUCACUCAAUGUUGGAUCUAUCUAUGGGUCAACUAAAGGAGCAAUGAACCAAUUGACAAAGGAUUUGGCAUGUGAGUGGGCAAAAGAUAAUAUCAGGAGCAAUUGUGUUGCACCUUGGUUCAUCAGAACCCCACUUGUUGAACCAAUUUUAAGUAGCAAUAAAUUCUUGGAAGCUCUAAACUCUCGAACUCCACUGGGUCGCCCUGGACAGCCAGAAGAGGUUGCGCAUUUGGUAGCAUUCCUAUGCCUUCCAGCGUCCUCUUAUAUCACGGGCCAAAUUAUUUGCGUUGAUGGUGGGGUGACAGCAAAUGGUUUUUUCUUCCCAAGGACAAGACUUUGA